CAUGGCGACGACCGUGAAAAUGGUGGACGAAGCAGAAGAUUACUCUUUUUUACCACUUAUUCAUGAUAUUAUCAAAUGUAUGGACAAAGACAGCCAAGACGUCCACCAAGAGCUGAACAAAUUGAGGACAAAGAUCCAGGAUACACGGGAGCAGAUCUUAGCCAUGUCCGGCAUCGAAACGAGUCCCUCGGCACAGCAACACCAACUGCAGACGCUGAGAGAACAGGUUCGCACGAAGAACCAGCUUUUACAGAAGUACAAAGGCUUGUGUAUGUUUGACAUUCCCAAGGCGUGAGACUCUGUUUCGUACCAUACAGUUUAACAGACGACGGAAAGCAAAGACCGUACGGUCGUUUGGACUGCAGAACAUUAGAGAACGUAGACCUGGCUACCAAACGCGAUGGUGUGAGGAAACCAUGGUAAAUGCUCAUCAGUGGACAUGGUUGAAAAAGACAGUUAUCCAGCGGUCGAAGAGCAGUAACGGGUGCUCUUUUUAUAAUUCCUUGGCCUUAGCAGAGAAAUAACUCCUUCAACGUUGGUUAAAAGACAGUGAGCUAUAAAAUGUGUUACUGAAUAAACAUUAACAUAUGCCGUUA